CGGGGCAGAGCGCAGCCUCGCCCUCCUCUCGCCGCCCAUUUGCAUGCCACCGCCGCUCCGGCGCGGAGAAGGAACCGAAACCCCCGGGGCCGAACCGCCGGCCAGCGCGGGGGGCCCGGGGGCGGCGAGGGGAGUGCCGGGGCGCGUGCCGAGGGGCUCAGCUCCCCGCCGAGCGCCCGCGCGGCCCCCCGCCCCGGCGAGGCAUGGCCCAGCAGGAGACUUACGGCAACUGGCUGGGUCCCCCGCCGGCCCCCGCCAAGCGCCUGGUGAGACAAGCAGGAAUUUACUCCGUCGCCGGGAAAAUGACGCCCAUGGGAGACUUCAGGCCCGCAUCCCCGGACAGCUUCGAGGACGAUUACGACGACGUGUCCCUGUCGGAGUCAGACCGUGGCCACAAGCCGCCGGCGACCGACGAGGAUCUGCAGAGCCAGAGGAGCAAAGGGGGCACAGGGCUUUACAUCCUGGCAGGGAAGCCGCCGUCUCCGAGCCCUUACCAAAGGGGCGGCCCGGAGCCCCGGGGUGGCAGGGGGCAGAGCGGCAGGGUGACGUCGGUGGCCGUCCUCUACGUCCUCGUGGCGCUGAGCUUCGUGGCCUGGGUGCUGCUCUUCGCGCUGGCCGUGGUGAAACAGAUGGAAAUCGUGGCAGAGUUAAAGCUCCUGAGGUCGAACUACUCGGAGAAUCAAGCCAACGUGCGGCAGGAGCUGUCGGCCACGCGGCGGGAGCAGGCGCGGCUGCGGAGCGGGAUGCACCAGCACUACGAGGAGCUGCAGGACAUCGCAGCGCUGAUCUGCAGAUCCGUCCUGGACAGCAAGAAGUGCUCGGCCGGCUGGAAGGUCUUUGAGAAGAGCUGCUACUCCUUCUCGACGGAGAAGAUGAGCUGGCUGGACGCGAAGGAGAUCUGUGCCGACCAGGGCGCUCACCUGGUCGUCAUCAACUCGGAGCUCGAGCAGGCGUUCCUGAAGGACAGUAUCAACAGCAGCAGCACGUACUGGAUGGGAGUGACGGAUCAGCUGGAGGAAGGCACCUGGCUCUGGACCAAUGGCGAACGCACAAGCAUUAGCUACUGGAACACGUGGAAGGAGAACAAAGACAAGGACCAGAAGGACUGUGGCAGCAUCGGGCCCGACGGCAUCUGGAACGACGACAGAUGCUCCCACUUUAACCACUGGAUUUGCGAAAAGUCCUGGAAUUGCUGACUGCAGCGUUACUUUUUCCUGUUUCUGGACGAUUUUUAAAUGUUCCUGUAAAAAGAAAAAAAAGAAAAAAAAAAAAAAAAAAAAAAAGUACAUUUCAAACUUCCCGCUGGGGAGCUGGGUGAACUCAUGCAGCUUCAGGGGGAUCUGGAGGCUCCACACUCCCAUUUUUUGCCUAUUAAUGACGUGAAAAUCCCUAAAAAAAUCAGUCAAACCCUGUGACCUUUGUCCGUGCAAACCUGGCUCACAAACCGUGAAAAUAAAAAGGUGUUGUCAGUUAAAAUAACUGCUGUAGAAUGGUUACAACCCCGCUCCCCAGUGCAGAAAUGGUCCCGUUUCUCAGCGUUGCUGAAUUUCUCCUUUUUCUCCCAGCUUUGCUGCCACAUUGUGGUUUCUGCUUAACUCUCAAAAAAACCCCCCAGUUUCAGUAAAAUCCUAGCUUUUUCCCGCUUUCCAAAGGCUUUUUUCAAAAUUUAUCCCUCCCUCCCCCAGGCAUCAUGCUCAGUCCGUGCCCAGCUGUGGCCCCACAGUCAAAAAACCCCCAACCCCCCAAUUCGCCUCGUUUGUUUGUGUCUUAAUUCAGCACAUUAUCACCCAAUAAUUUUUUUUUUUUUUUUUUUUUCUCCCCCUAAAAAACGCAGCAUGUGUCAUUCGGUCUUUUUUUGCCCCAAAUAAAUAAAAUGGCCCCGGCACACUCAUCCCGGUGGCUGAAAGUUUCUGAAAUUGAAGAAAUCCUGUUAAAAUCAUGUUGUGAUUCUAA